AUGUCCGACAAACAGCGCAGCAAAGCAUCCCAGAGGAAACCAGCCACCAACAAGAACAUCAAGAAGCUCCGCACAAUUAGCGCGGUGUGCAGCCUGACGAGCAGCUGGCAGCAGUGGGUGACGGAGAAUGAGAAAAAGCAGGCCAGUGAACCCAGAGGCUGGACUCCAUUCUCACUGGGAGAACCAACAGACGAACCAAAAAAGAAAUGGGUCCCCAAGAAACCUCCUCCCUCUCAAAUCAAGUCAGCGGAAUUUUCUCAAAAUAAUGCAAGUACUUCUGAAGAGGCUCAAAAGACAUCGACUCCUCACAUGAAGAUCGAGGAGGUUAUGACCUCAACUGAGCCACUGGUUGCGCCUCGUAUCGAGACAAAGCAGGUGGCGAAGACGGUGACCAGCGGGGUUCAGGAGAAAGGUGCAGGCAUCAGGCUCCUGACCGAGAAGAUCAAGAGAGAGGCUCUGCAAUCGGGAGAGGAGAUUGACAGACUCCUGCAGAAGAAAAGCUCACCCACACGCCGCAGGAAGUGCUCCAACAGGGUAACGUCACUGACCAAAAGCUGGAAGCAGGCGGAGAAUGAGCAGAAGCUCGGCAAAGACGGAGGAGGACCAGGAGAGGUUCGCACCACUGGUGUAGAUAAAGAGGAGAGAGGACACCCUGAGGCAGAGACGGAGAGACUGGAUUUAGAGGAUGCUCAAACAUGCGCGGCAAGCUUUUUGAAAGAAGCGGAGCAAAAUGACUGUGAAGGAGACUCUGAGUCAGCAUUGAAGAUUAAAAGACCUCCAGUCCCAGCGUACAAAAAGGAAGCUGAAGAUGCCAACAAGAUCAAUGCUCUCUCCAAGAAAUACAGUGCUGUGGGAAACCUCAAGAGCCGCUGGCAGAACUGGGCCUCAGAGCACACUGUUAACCAGAGACUAAACCCCUUCAGUGAAUACUUUGAUCAUGAUUACUCCAUGUCCCUCCGCCUCCAAAAGGGCCAGGAGGGUUACGGACGCCCCAAGGAGGGUACCAAAACAGCAGAGAGAGCCAAACGUGCCGAGCAACAUAUCCACCGUGAGAUCGCCGACAUGUGUUACGUAAUCAGGACUAUGGCUGAUCCGGACUCCGACGGAAAGACCCGCAUCACAUUCGGACAGCUGUUUGACAGAUACGUUCGGAUCUCUGAUAAAGUGGUGGGGAUUCUGAUGAGAGCCCGGAAACAUGGGAAGGUGGCGUUCAAAGGGGAGAUGCUGUGGCAAGGCCAGGAUGAUGGAGUGAUCAUUACUCUGCUGGUGUGA